AAACCCUUAUUCCUAAACCCACAACUUGAGGGAGGAAUGAACCAGCAGCGUUCCAGUAAUUGAACAGCACAGACCUCUGGACAAAGCAAGCACGCUCGUUGUGGGGGGAAUGGCAGCCAUGGCGGGGCAAAAGCAUUGUAGUCUUGAAAGCGGACAUUACCUUGGAGAGAUCUCCGCCCUCUGUUUUCUCCACCUCCCUCCCCAUCUCUCUUCCUCUCCUUAUCUCCUUGCUGGAACAGGUUCACAAAUGUUACUCUAUGAUCUAGAUGGGGGAAAACUUUUAAAAUCAUUUCAUGUGUUCAAAGGCAUCCGUGUGCAUGGAAUUUCUUGUAGUUUUACUAAUUGCGUAGAAGAACCCCUAUCCUCUAUGCUUGCUUUCAAGAUUGCUGUGUUUGGAGAAAGGAGAGUAAAAUUAUUUACCCUAAGCAUUGAGAUGGUAUUAAGACCCCAAAAUCAUAUGAAAGUAUGGGUGGAUUUGGUUCUACUUCAUUUAUUGCCAAAAUAUAGUCACUGGGUUCUGGAUGUUUGCUUCUUGAAGGACUGCAUAACUUCUCUGCGUGAAGGGAGGUGUUUUCUUGCUGUAGGGUGUAGUGACAAUUCAGUUGGCCUCUGGGAUAUCCAAAGAUCAUGUGUGAUUCUUGAAGCUAGAUGUCCAGAAAGGUGCCUUUUGUAUUCCAUGAGGUUGUGGGGUGAAGAACUUGAGGCCCUCUGUAUUGCAUCUGGAACAAUCUACAAUGAGAUUAUUGUAUGGAAGCUUGUUCCUCAAACUUGUGGUCCAUAUUCGGCAAAUCUAAUGAAAGACCAAGCUUAUCCGUGUAGUUCUUUCGAAAAUACUCUCCAGCGUCAUGGUCAGCAAUAUGAAGCUGUUUGCAUACAUAGACUUGCUGGACAUGAAGGUUCAAUUUUUCGAAUAGCAUGGUCCUCCAACGGUUCCAAACUGAUCUCUGUGUCUGACGAUCGCAGUGCUCGUAUCUGGACAGUUCAUGCUGGGGAAGAAAAUUCUAAUAAUUCAGUGGAGGGUAUUAGCUCCAACUCUGCGGACUUCGUGUUUUUUGGUCAUGAUGCUCGGGUUUGGGACUGCUUUAUUACUGAUUCUUUGAUUGUCACUGCUGGUGAGGAUUGUACUUGCCGCGUAUGGGGACCAGAUGGUAAACAACUCAAGAUGGUUAAAGAGCACAUAGGGAGGGGCAUAUGGCGAUGUUUGUAUGAUCCAUCCUCUUCACUUCUCAUUACUGCUGGGUUUGACUCUGCAAUUAAAGUACAUCGACAGCAUGCUCCUUUCUCUAGGAGCGUGGAGCAACCUGCUGAGGGGGUAAGAGAGUUCACUGACAAAACACAGAUAUUCACUAGUCGUAUCCCAAAGUCAUCAGAGCACACUGGACUCAUGGACAGCAAAAGCGAGUAUGUACGUUGCUUGCACUUUGCACGUGAAGAUGUCUUUUAUGUUGCUACAAACUGUGGUUAUAUUUACCAUGCUAAACUAUCUGUUGCCACUGGGCAUAUAAAGUGGAGUCAACUUGUCCAAGUCAGUCAACAAGGGCCAAUUAUUUGUAUGGACUUCUUAUCUGGAAACUUAUCUGAGUUUUCCGGUUCAAUUGAGGAUUGGAUUGCUGUUGGUGAUGGUAAAGGAAACAUGACAAUUGUCAGAGUUGGUGGUGAUGUUUCUACUCCUGAUGUGGACCUUACAUUCAGUUGGUUGGCUGAGAGAGAGAGACAGCUGUUAAGAACCUAUUGGUGCAAGUCAUUGGGAAAUAGGUACAUCUUCACCGCUGAUCCUAGAGGAACAUUGAAGUUGUGGAGGUUAUCUUAUCCUAUACUUUCUGUUUUGGACAAUUCUGUAAGAAGUUGCAGUGUGUCUCUGCUAGCAGAAUUUGUGUCUUGUUUUGGAAUACGGAUAAUGUGUUUGGAUGCAUCAUUUGAGGAAGAGGUGCUGGUAUGUGGGGAUCUGCGUGGUAACAUGCUUCUAUUCCCUUUGAUGAAGGCCUUGUUGCUGGGUGACCCAAUCAAUUCAGAUGGGAGGAUAAGUCCACUAAGUUAUUUUAGGGGGGCUCAUGGGAUAUCAAGUGUGUCCAGCAUUUCAAUAGCUGAAUUUAAUCCCAAUCAAAUUGAAAUAUGUUCGACAGGUGGCGAUGGGUGCAUAUGCCACAUGGAAUAUGACAGAAUUCGACAAAACUUGGACUUUAUAGGGAUGAGGCAAGUGAAAGAAUUAAGCUUGAUUGAAUCUGUCUCACCUGAUGGUAACUCUGUUGAUGAUCUGGGAAACAACAAUUAUGCAAAAGGAUUUGCAUCUGCAGAUUUUAUUAUAUGGAACUUAAAAACUGAAACAAAGGUUCUGCAAGUUUCAUGUGGUGGAUGGCGUCGUCCUCAUUCUUAUUAUCUUGGUGAUGUGCCAGAGAUGAAGCAUUGCUUUGUUUAUAUCAAGGAUGAAAUUAUUUUUAUUCAUAGACAUUGUGUUCUAGAUGGAGAGAAGAAAAUAUAUCCCCAGAAUUUGCAUGUGCAAUUCCACGGGAGAGAGAUGCAUUGCUUAUGUUUUGUUACUGAAGAUUCAGAGUCCGAUGCAAAUGGACUUCAGAGUCCGAUUUCUAGAUCUAGCUGGAUUGCAACUGGGUGUGAAGAUGGAACUGUAAGGUUGACGAGGUAUACUCCUGGCGUUGAAAAUUGGUCUGCAUCAAAAUUGCUUGGGGAGCAUGUUGGUGGGUCAGCUGUGAGAUCAAUAUGUUCUGCAUCAAAGAUGCACAUACUUGCUGCAAAUGUAACUGAUGUCUCUAACGGGAGUAGUAGUCAAGUCCCUGCCUGGGAGGGCAGGGAAAAUCCAUUAUUAUUAAUUUCUGUUGGUGCGAAGCGAGUCCUAACUUCUUGGAAACUAAGAAAUAGGAGGAUAGAUGAGAAGGAUGAAGCUCUUAAUGGAAAUGGUUUUAAGCCUUCCUCAGUAGUUUUCUCGUCAAUGUCAUUCAAGUGGCUUUCCACUGACAUGCCAACCAAGUAUUCUAAAGUUCAUAAAAAAGCAGAAGACUCCGUAAAAAUAGUUGGGGCUGUUGAACAUGAUUCUAGUGUGAAAACUCAUGCAUCAUCUAGAUCACUAUUUUCAGAAAAUAGGGAGAUGGAAUGCCUUAAAGAUAAAUAUGAAAAUGACUGGAGAUACCUGGCUGUUACUGCUUUUCUUGUUAAAAAUGCUUCUUCCAGGUUUACAGUCUGCUUUGUUGUUGUUGCUUGUUCAGAUGCCACAUUGGUAUUGCGUGCUCUCAUUUUACCCUUCCGGUUUUGGUUCGAUGUUGCUCUUUUGGUUCCCCUAUCAUCACCAGUAUUGGCACUGCAACAUGUCAUCAUUCCUGCACAUCUUUCUUCUAAAGAUAACACUCAGAGUGCGAGUGCCUUCAUUGUAAUAAGUGGAUCUACUGAUGGAAGUAUUGCCUUUUGGGAACUGAGUGAAUGCAUUAUAGCUUUUAUGCAGCGGGUGUCAACAUUCAACACAGAUUCCAUUGAUUGUCAGAAACGGCCACGCACAGGAAGAGGAAGCCAAGGUGGACGAUUGUGGAGAUCAUUAAGCUGUAGUGCUCCUAAGAACAAGCCGCACGCUGGUUUGCUGGCUGUGAAAGCUGAAACAGAAACCAAUGGAAGUAUGCAUAAUCAUGUUGUAUGUGGAACAUCGUCAAAAUCCGGUCAUCCUGAAAAUAAUGCAACAGCUCAUGUUCAAGAUGCUCAGAAUCGUUCCCUUGAAUUAGAAGUGAAGAAAGAUGAUUUCUUUUCUGAGAUAUGUGAAAUACAGCCCUUGCAUGUCUUGAAUAAUGUUCACCAGUCUGGAGUGAAUUGUCUUCAUGUUUCACAGGUUAACAAUGGUCAAAGCUUUGGUUCUGUAUAUGAUGUUUUAAGUGGGGGUGAUGAUCAAUCACUUCACUGUAUAAGAUUUGAUUUGGCGCUGCUACCAGCAUGCCCAGAUUCCAAUGUUAAGAUACCAGACCUAGAACCAAUCGCUGAAUGUGAUAGUAUGAAGAAUGUUAUUUGUAGUGGGGAUCAUAAAAGUAGAAUUAGAUUCUUAUAUCACAACAGCAUUGCCUCAGCUCACAGCUCUGCCGUGAAAGGCAUUUGGGCAGAUGGGAGUUGGGUGUUUUCUACUGGUCUUGAUCAGCGUGUCAGAUGCUGGCAGCUUGAAAAGCAUGGUAAACUGACCGAGCGUGAACACUUAAUUAUCAGUGUUCCAGAGCCAGAGGCAUUGGAUGCCAGAGCAUGUGGCAGGGACUAUUACCAGAUUGCAGUAGCUGGAAGAGGGAUGCAAAUGGUUGAGUUCUCUGCGUCUGCUUACACUGAUGGUGGAGAGUGAAAUGGCUCUUGGUUAUUUUCAUUUCAAUUCACAGGUGAAAUAGCCAGUAGCCGAACUGAAGUUUUUACUCAAAGAUGAAGCAUCUCUCACUUUCCUGGAACAAAGUUGGUGGCAUAGGCCCAGGCAUUGUUGUUCACAGGAUCUGCGAGAUGAUCAGCCAGGUUUUCUAGAGGUCCCUUCCCUGUGACGACGGCCUGCACAAAGAACCCAAACAUGGAGAACAUGGCUAGUCUCCCAUUCUUAAUCUCUUUCACCUUGAGCUCUGCAAAUGCCUCAGGAUCAUCAGCAAGUCCCAACGGGUCGAAGCUGCCACCUGGGUACAGAGGGUCAGUGACCUCACCAAGCGGCCCUCCGGCAAUACGGUAACCCUCAACGGCACCCAUGAGGAUCACUUGAGUUGCCCAUAUGGCCAAAAUGCUCUGGGCAUGUACCAGGCUUGGAUUCCCAAGAUAGUCGAGGCCACCCUCACUGAAGAUCUGAGCACCGGCUUUAAACCACAUGGCCUCACCGAACUUUACUCCAUUACGGGAGAGAAGCUCUGGAAAGACACACCCCAGAGCCCCCAGCAUGGCCCACCUGGCAUGAAUGACCUCAAGCUCACGGUUCUUGGCAAAAGUCUCAGGGUCUGCUGAUAGCCCUGCUGUAUCCCACCCAUAGUCACCGGGAAAUUCCCCAGUGAGGUAAGAUGGUGCCUCGCCGGAGAAUGGUCCGAGGUACUUGACACGAUCGGGGCCAUACCAGGGGCUCACAGAGGAAGCAGCUGGCUUUCCAGCUGUCUUCCUCAUUGAGACUCUUACAGUGCUGGGGACAAUCGAUAUGAACUCUGUUCUCGAGUUCAGGGUAAGUGUUUUGCCUGCAAAUGGAGAUGAGAGAGCCAUGGCUGUUGUGUUAUUUGUAAGAGAGGUUGGGUGCUGUGGUUCUGUUGGAGUAAUUUGUUGAAUGAUGUGGGAUUCCCAGGCAUUCUUUAUAUAGAAGUGUGGUGAGGCCCACUAUCCUAUCCAUGUGGAUCUUCAGCUUUCCUCUGAUUGGCUAGUGAAUUGAUGACAUGGGUUGAGGAGUUCAACUCUGCCUCUUCACCAAUCAAUGAAUGCUAUCGUGGAUUUCCUUUGAAUCAUUGGGAGACAAUCAUGGCCUUACCCUAUUUGCGACUCUGUACUCAUUCUUGAUGGGCUGCCGUACAAUUUUAUUUGUUUAUUUUAUUUUUGAGGCUUUGUAUUUUGUUUUUUUUUUUUUGCUUGGCUUGCAUUUGUGUGAGUUGUGUUUGAGAUUGUUGGUUUGAAUUUUGGAUUUAAACCUGUGGAUUUGAAUGAAAUUUGAUAUAAUUUUAUAUUAUAUUUUAUUUAAA